AUGGUAACUCUGCUGGUCCUGACCUGGGUACUACGACCCUCACUCUACACCCCCAGCCCCCUAAAAAACUGGAAGCCAAGUCUCCAGUUUUAUGAAGCGGUUGGCCGUCAUGGCUCUGGAGAGAUACUGGAUAAUGGGAAGAAAGAAAUAUUCUAUGGAUUAGAUCAAAGGAACUCAAUACGUGUCUUGGAGGAUUUUAAUGUACGGACUUUGUUUGACAAACUUGAAGAUCAAAAUCUUCACUUGACAUCCCAGCUGGGAAGACAUAGGAGCGAAACUCUCUCCUUCUAUAAGGCCUUUAUACACAGGAUACAGGUGCUCAAGGAAAUGUUACAGACCAUAGAACUGGGGUCCAAUAAAUGUGUUGAGUGGAGGAAAAUUCCACUUGAAGGUGAAGAGGAAAGUACAAGAGCCACAAUGACUUCUCAACAGAGUCAGAGCUCAUCCCUGAUCAUGAACCAGGCGUAUAAUGCCAACCAGACUCAAGGUGUUUUCAUGCAAGAAGCCACUGCUCUUAUGAAAGUCGUAAAGCUCUCAUUGAUGAAAGUCACCUCUGAACUAGCAGCAAAGAAAAAUAUAUUGACACUGGAGAAGCACAACCAUGUGAAGGGUCAUAUUGAACCCAGAGCUGCUAGACCCCUUGAGCAAGACCAGACCUUGGCCAAUAAGAAUGCAUACGAAGGUCUCAUCAACGGCAACAUACCAAUGCUUUCCUCUGUAGGUUUGCAGUUUCCACCAAUGAUUUUUAUGACAGCGUUGUACAGAGAGGAGAAACUGAAGAAACUGAUCACUGCAAGCCCUUUAACAAAGACAUUAGAGGAGAUCAAAGAAGCACUAAAGAAACAAGAGAAAGAGGUUAAGGGAAGCUACGAGCCAGUAACUGUUGGCACUCUUGUUCCAAUGGACAUGAGCCAGCUCUCCCCCCGUCAGUUGAUUGUGUUCCGCUUUGGCUCAGCUCUCCUCCAUCUUGUAUGUCAUAGCUGCACCCAAUAUCCUCUGCUACUUCUGAUAGCUCAAGCAAUUCCAAGAAUACAGAGUUUUGGGCAGCAGAAGGAGGAUCUGCAUCUUGGAGACUCCUAUUAUGAUGCAGAAAAUAAAAUUUUGUUUGUACCAUCUACAUGCCUGGAUCAUGUUGGGGAGCUAGCAGUGGCCAUUGUGCAUGCGGUGGCACAGAUCAGUACAGGGAUGCAUCAGACACCCAUUAAUAGUGAAUAUCUACAGUGCAUGAAUGGAGCUUUCAGGGCACUAUCCCGUGCGUUCUUCUAUUCUUGGAGUGCAGAGAGUUCGGAGAAGGUCACAGACAUGGGUGAAGGACAGUCGGACAUGAAAACCGCAUUCAGAGACCUUCUGAUGAUCCACAAACUACCGGAUCAUUAUCAUAAGCAGAGAAGCUGUGAAUUUUACAGCAAGUUUAAAAACCAGAGAAUCAUGGAAAAUGUGUUUAUAAAGAAUUCUGGAUGUCUCAGAGAGAGUCCCAAAGAGCAGAGUUCAGAUCAGAUGGCUAUGCAGGAAGAGACAAUAGAUGUCCUCAAUGAAACAUUCCUCCAGCUGGUAGAACAAGCAAUGAAAAACAAGAGGGAAUUCAGAGACCUGAGUGCUGGAACCAAGAACGUUAAAGAUCCAUCUGUGUUUAAUAGGUUGGCAGAAAAGAGGGACCUGGCUGUACUGCUUGAAAUACAGAGGCGUUUCACAUCUGAGAAGAUCAGUGCUUCGGAAUCUGAAUUACUUUAUCUGCAUCAGCCGGACACUACAUCCUCUGUAUUCCGGAAAUCAAGUUGUAACUAGCAUUUCGACGCACUUGAUAAGUGACUGCUAUGACAUAAAACAUAGUUACAUACAUACUGUAUAAAGCAUGAAUACAGCCGUGAGCUCAGGCCUGAAAGGGGUGUUAAUAAAAAUUUAAAAAAAAGGCCACUUUUACACAGUCAGUAUUUGAUCAGUGAUUUCCAUUAGCAAAUCCUCCUGUUAUACCUUAUCUCUGUGAAGCCUCCAUUGGUUCACAAUCACUGAUCAAACACUGACUGUAUGAAAGUGGCCUAAGAUUUGCAGGGGUUUUCAGGUACAAAUUGAAAGUUAUACUAUUAAUUUAAUAUAACCUACCUGUGUGAAGCAACCCUGAUUUCUUCAUCCAGGCAGCGGUCAUGUGACACCCCCUGUCUCUUGCUCAGCACUUCUGCUGAUAUGUCAUUCUAGAUGCAGGGGUCUCUCUUCCGGGCCAUGCGAUAUCACUGGCGUCACAUGCAGUGCAAUCUAGACGCUUAGUAGAAGAAGCAUUUCCCCAACAUAUGUGCAGUAUUAACAGACUACUGUGUAUGUGCAGUGGGGGUAUCUGCAAACUUUGGCUUGUUAUAUAAUGUUUCUAAUGCUAUGUACUGCACACUUGUUGUUCCAGCAUGAGCCAGGCAAAGACAGAGGUAACAAUACUAACCCAGACCUCUCUGGAGCUUAGGGUGUGGGCUUGCUCCACCCCCUGUUUCCAGAAUAGUCUAGGAGAGGAGCUGUAUAGAGGGAGAAGGAUUUGCAUGGCUUCAGAGAGAGAGAGACUGCAAGGUAACCAAGUUUGAGGUGAUCCAGACCCUACUGCUGCAGAGGGCUAACAAAUUAAGACACCCUAUGUACCUCAUAGUGCUUCCGUGGGUUUCCGUUCUGUACUUCCGUUCCGCAUCUCAGGAUUUGCGGUCCCAUUCAAGUGAAUGGGUCCGCAUCCGUGAUACAGAAUGCACAUGGAACGGUAUAAACAAGCCCUUAGUCAGAGAUCUCUAUAGUAGAUAUUUUAG